AUGGAUUCAGUGCAGCCUUCGCCUGAUACCGCAUUAGACGAACCGACGCGACUUGGUGAUCGAUCGAGUCCUGAGGUUACAGCAAUGGGCCUUGCUGCUCGCUCACUAGGUGAUGUUGAAGAUACAGAUGAGUGCGCGAAAGGAUUCUUCGGCGACUCAUCAGCCGUAGCAUUUAUCAAGCGGUUACAGGAAACUCUGAAGUCCGAAACACACGCCUCAGGGCUUUCUCACUCACCCUAUAAUAGUAUUGCCCUCAAACCUGCAACACCGACUUGGCUAGCGUUUGGUUUUAUAGCGUCUUUUGAUUGGUGCUUAUCCUGA